AAAUAAAUGAAAGUAAAUAAUAGGAUAUUGUCGAUUAUAUAAACGAUAUGACAAUUUAAUAAAUGUGUUAUUUAUAAUUUUUUUUUUCUUAGAAUUUGAAAACGCAGAGACUCUUUUAAUUUCGGAAGUGUAUAUGUUAUUGGAGCAUAGAAAAGCACAAAAUGAAUCAGCAGAAGAGGAACAGGAAUUUUCCGAAGUUUUCAUGAAGAGUUUAACGUAUACGAAUAGAUUUCGCCGAUUUAAAAAUAAAGAAACAAUUGCUGCUGUGAGAAACUUGCUUAUGCAGAAGAAACUUCAUAAGUUUGAGUUAGCUUCGCUCGCGAAUCUUUGUCCGGAAACUCCAGAAGAAGCGAAAGCCUUGAUUCCCAGUUUAGAAGGACGAUUAGAAGAUGAGGAACUUAGAACAAUAUUGGAUGAUAUACAAACAAAACGAUCUUUACAAUAUUAAAAUAUAAUUCAAAGUUAUCGUUCCUCUGUGAUCAUUUCGUAUAACUUUCAAUAAAAUUUUAUUUAACUGU